CCCGCCAAGUACGAGCGGGACGGGCCGGGCGGGACCGGGCCCGGGAGCGGCGGGGGCUGCGCGGGCCGGGCCGCCUCGGUUCGGCCGCCGCCGCCCGGCACCGCCGCCAGCCGCGCUGGCCGCCGCCGGCACAGCCAUGGAGUGCAGAGACAAAGCUGCUGUUCCUCCACGCAAGCUCGUCCAAGCUCGGCUGCCCUUCAAGCGCCUCAAUCCUGUGCCAAAGGAGAAAAUCGAUGUGGAUCCAGAAGUCAAAAAAGCCAAGAGCUCCCCAGCUGCUUUUGUUCCGAGCAAGGAUCCCUCCCUGGACGCCUCCCUGGACGAUGUGGAGAACGAACUGGGCUCUGACAGGGCUGUGCCCCCACAGCUCCUGAACGGAAAGGGCCCCUUGGACCAUUUCAUCCAGAAAAACCCAGCGGGUGACACCAGUGGCCCUGGGGCUGCUCCUGCCCUCUCAAGUGGCCCUGGGGGUGCCCCUGCCCUCUCGAGUGGCCCUGGGGGUGCUCCUGCCCUCUCGAGUGGCCCUGGGGGUGCCCCUGCCCUCUCGAGUGGCCCUGGGGGUGCUCCUGCCCUCUCCAAGGGCUCUGACCACGGACUCAGGGAUGGAUCAGAGCGGGGGGACACGGAUUCCGGAGCUUCUGCCACCAACAGCACGACAGGAGAGGAGCUGAGGGCGCGGGGCUGCCUGAGCUCCCGCCAGAGCAGCCCUGCAGGAGACUCCACAGACCCUGAGGGCCCCUGUGCAGCCGCAGAGGAGGCAGAGGAGGGCUGGGGAGCUCAGCCACGCUCCGGGGCCUGCAAGGACGUGGCGGGCAGGAAGGGCGCCCAGGGAGAACUGAAGGAUUUGCUCUUUGAGGGGAAGGUGCCCGUGGUGCUGCUGGAGGACAUCAUGACGCUGAAAUCCCCCCAGGACCCCUCUGGGAGCCCCACGUCGGGGCCCGAGGCCCUGGAGUCGUCCCACGAGGGGGACUCGGGACUGAGCCGCUCCUCGCUGAGCUCCGGGAGCUCGCCCGGGGCCGAGGCCACGAGGAGCUGCAGCCCCUUGGCCGCCUCCACGCCCACCAGGAAGGUACCUCAGAAAUUCCACAGAAGUUCAGCAGAGAAGGAGAAGCUGAGAUUGCAAAGAGACCAGGAGCGCGCGGACAAACUCCAGAGGCUGCAGGCAGAGAGGGAGGAGAAGGGGAGGCUGAAGGAAGAGGCAAAAGCUGCCAAGGAACGAGCCAAGGAGGAGGCAAAGAAGAGGAAAGAGGAAGAGAAGGAGUUGAAAGAGAAAGAAAGGAGGGAAAAGAAAGAAAAGGAAGAGAAGGAGAAGGCUGAGAAGCUGCGAGUGAAGGAGGAGAAGCGCAAGGAGAGGCAGGAGGCUCUGGAGGCAAAACUUGAGGAGAAGAGAAAGAAAGAAGAGGAGAAACGGUUAAAGGAGGAGGAAAAGCGCCUCAAUGCACAGAAGGCAGAGAUCACCAGGUUCUUCCAGAAACCAAAGACUCCACAAGCCCCCAAGACCCUUGCUGGCUCCUGUGGGAAGUUUGCUCCUUUUGAGAUCAAGGAGAACAUGGUCUUGGCCCCCCUCAGCCGUGUUGUCCUGGAUCCAGACUACCUAGAGCAGCUGGAUAAGCUCCUGCAUGCCCAGAACGGGGAAGUUUCUUUCUUGAGGGAUCUAAAAUGUCGUAAACCACGAAAAACUGGGCCCACUUUGGUCAGUGACAGCAGUGACAGUGUGAACAGUGACGUGGUGGUGGUGGAUAACUGCCAGACAGACGCUGUCCCCGAGAGGGAGAAGUUUGGCAGGAUGAAGCUGCUGCAGUUCAGUGAGAAUCACCGCCCUGCCUACUGGGGCACCUGGAACAAGAGCACCUCCCUGAUCCGUGCCAGGAACCCGUGGGCCAAGGACACUAAACUGCUGGACUAUGAAGUGGACAGUGAUGAGGAGUGGGAAGAGGAGGAGCCAGGGGAAAGCCUCUCCCAUAGUGAGGAGGAUGAUGAAGAGGAGGGAGAGGAUGAGGAUGAGGACGAUGGCUUUUUUGUACCCCAUGGGUACCUAUCUGAAGAUGAAGGCGUGACAGAGGAGUGUGACCCAGAGAACCAGAAGGUUCGUCAGAAGCUGAAAGCAAAGGAGUGGGAUGAGCUGAUAGCCAAGGGGAAGAGGUUCCACGUCCUGCAGCCUGUGAAGAUUGGCUGUGUCUGGGAAGGGGCAGCAGAGGACAGCAGCACCAACACGGACCUGAAGGUGCUGCAGCAGUUCACAGCCUGUGUCCUGGACCCGCCCGUGGCAGAGGAAGAGCAGCAGACACAGAAAUGUAGCAAAAAAAGAGCAAAAGAUCAGCAAAUCCUGGCUCACCUGCUGCCGCUGCUGCACGGCAACGUGCACGGCAGCAAGGUGAUCAUCCACGAGUUCCAGGAGUGCUGCCGCCGCGGCCGCUUCGCCGACCUGGCCGAGGGCAGCCCCGCCCUGGCGCCGGCGCCGCCGGGCGAGGAGGGCGCGGUGCCGUCCAAGGCGCGGCUCAAGCGCCUCAUCUCGGAGAGCUCCGUGUACGAGAAGCGCCCUGAGUUCCGCAUGUGCUGGUACGUGCACGCCGAGGUGCUGCGGCGCUUCGGGCGCGAGCGCCUGCCCGUGCCGUGCCGCUGGAGCUACGUGACGCGGGCGCCGUGCGCGGGCAGGGACGAGCCCGCCGCGCCGCCCGCGCCGCCCGCACCGCCCGCCGCCAAGAGGAAGGCCCUGGGCAGCAUGUCCAUCACCAAGUUCAUGAAGAGGCCGCGGGGCGCCGAGCAGGCUGCAGAGAUGGAUGGAUUCCAGGCAGACACUGAGGAAGAUGAGGAAGAUGACGACUGCAUGAUUGUGGAUGUACAGCCAGGAAAAGGUUCUACAGCUUCAGAAUCCAGUGGCACAGGAGCUGCUCACCAGGACAGCAGCAUGGUCAGCCCAUCUAAUACAAUUUGAGACUUAAAUGCCUACUAACUCCUCUGUAUGUAUGUAGAAUGAGCUAGAAAAUUUUAAACCUUGUGUAUCUUUGACCAAGAUACUUGAAAGUAUUCCACAUUUCUUGUAAAGAGAAGACAGCACUUUGUUCUGCUUCAGACCAGAUGGAAGCUUAAAUUUUUAGUUUUAGCUUUUUAGCUUUUUUUUUUUAAAUACUGCAUAUUAAUCUGUCCUUAAUAAAGCAUUAUUGAAAUUUUGAUACUUCUUUGUAAUGAAAGGUAUCUAAGUUAUCUCUAAAAGUAGCUGAGGGAUUUUGGAAUAAGCUUAUUGUGAUGCCACUGAGGAAUGACUGUUCAUAAUGUUGUACAGCGUGGCCUUGGGUAUAAAUGAUGUACAAUUAUAUAUGAAUUUAUGCUCUUGUAA